AUGUCCCCUGUCCCCAGCCAGAUCCGGGUGCGCCUCCGGGGGCUUCGCUGCGGCGGCUCCUGGCGCAGCUUCGAGGACAUUCGGGAGGCGCUGGAGGGGCCCGGGACCCCCAUCAGUGUGUUUGGGGGGACCCAGGCGUGUGGGGGGGAUGACACCCGGGUGUUUGGCCGGGGGACACACACACCCAGAUGUGGGGGUGCGCAGGGGGGACGCAUCUUCCUGGCCGACUACGCGCUGCUGGAUGGGCUCCCCACGGGGUGCGUGGGGGGGGAACCCCAAUUCCUGGCCGCCCCCCUCUGCCUGCUCUGGAUCAGCCCCAGCCAGCAGCUCCUGCCCAUCGCCAUCCAGCUGUCCCAGCACCCCGGCCCCGAGUCGCCCAUCUUCCUGCCGGGGGACGGGCCGUGGGAGUGGGCGCUGGCCAAGCUGUGGGUGCGGGGCGCCCACUUCACCCUGCACGAGGCUGUCACCCACCUGCUGCACACUCACUUCUUGGGGGAGACCUUCGCUCUGGCCACCCACCGCCUGCCUGCCUGCCGCGCCAUCCACCAGCUCCUGCUGCCUCACUGCCGCUUCACCUUCCACAUCAAUAUUUUGGCCCGGGAGGCCCUGCUCAGCCCUGGGGCAUUCAUUGACCAGGCCACGGCCGUGGGGCGGGAAGGGACGCUGGAGCUGGUGGCCCGGGGGACGGCGGCGCUGACCUACAGGGAGCUGUGUGUCCCCGAUGACCUGGAGCACCGCGGCGUCACCAACAUCCCCAACUACCACUACCGCGAUGACGCCCUGGAGAUCUGGGGAGCCAUCGAGAGCCUAGUGGAGGGGAUCGUGGCUCUCUACUACCCCGAGGACAGUGACGUGGCCGAGGACUACGAGCUCCAGGACUGGGUGGGCGAGAUCUUCACCUAUGCUGUCCUGGGCAAUGAGAAGACGGGUUUCCCCUCGAAGCUCUGCAGCCGCCCCGAGCUGGUGAAGUUCGUCACCAUGAUCAUCUUCUGCUGCUCCGCCCGGCACGCUGCCGUCAACAGCGGCCAGUACGACUAUGCCGCCUGGAUGCCCAACACGCCGGGAACGCUGGGGCGACCACCGCCACGGAGGAAGGAGGAGGCCACCGCCGAGCUGCUGCUGAGGACCCUCCUGUCCCCCGACGCCACCGGCGCCCUCCUGGCCCUGCUCAGCGUCGUCAGCUACGAGGGCGGAGAGCCGCGGCCGCUGGGCUCCCGCUCCGAGGAGCUCCUCAGUGGGGCGGCCCCACGGCGGCUCUUGGCCUCCUUCCGGCGCCGCUUGGCCGCCAUCUCCCACCGCAUCCGGCAGCGCAACGAGGGGCUGGCGUUGCCCUACCCCUACCUCGACCCCGCCUGCGUCCAGGAGAGCGUCGCCAUCUGCCCCCCCCCUCCACAAU